UCAGAACUCUUGGGACAUUCCUGUUUUGAUUUGGUUCUAGCAGUGACGCCUUCGGGUUGUGCAAAGCCUGGGAACAUUGAGGGCAUUAGGACCAGGAGCGAGACGCUCGCUUGGCUCUGGGCUGUGUCUGGCAGAGGGCUCUCCGCUGAGCAGAGCUAUGUGUGAAAGGAAAUCAGGCACUGCCUGCCGGCUUUACAUCUGUUGAUCUGACCUGACUUGAAGCGUCCAAAGAGGGACGGCUGUCAGCUCUGCUGCACUGAGAACCCACCAGCUCACCCCAGACAUCUCAUAGCAGCCUGACCAUUCAUGCAAAGGGGGAAAGAAACACAUGGGACUAAACACCUGAGCAGAAUGGAUUUAUUUUUUUUUCCCCAAGGAGAAAAACAGGGUAAAAGGGGAGCAAGCAAUUCAGUUUAAAGUCCUUGUGAAUGGGCUCUCCGAAGGCAAUUAAAGAAAGCCACGCAGAGGACCUGGGGUGAAACUGAAGUCCUGUGGACUUUCUGAUAAGUGGARGCAGGUUUUACACAUGCUGUUGGCAAAUGUCAGAUGGGAAAAAAAGGAGCAGGUUAAGUGACUGGCAAAAGAAACUUCCAGGUGGAAUGAGCAACCAGGUCCUGCGGCAAGCUUGAAGGAACCUGGAGGCGGAUGAGAAAGCAAACUUGAACAUGACCUGUUGCAUCUGGCAAGUUGUAGCAACAUGCUCCUAAAGAAGCGGUACAGGCAUGGACCUUGCAGACUUCAGUUCCUCCUGCUGUUUCUGAUGCUGGGAUGCGUCCUGAUGAUGGUGGCCAUGUUGCAUCCUCCCCUGCACACUGGGCAACAGGCUCUCACAGCCCAGGCCAUCAAGCACACCCCUGAAAGCCGGUACCACCUGGACUUUGGGGAAUCUCAGGAAUGGGUCCUGGAGGCUGAGGAUGAGGGUGAGGAGUACGAACUCCUGGAGGGCCUGCCGCCCUUUAUCUCGCUGCGGGAAGAUCAGCUGCUAGUGGCUGUGGCUUCACCCAGGGCCAGAAGGAAUCAGAGCCAGGUCAGGAGAGGUGGCAGCUACCGGCUCAUCAAGCAUCUGAGCAAGAGACCAGAUGAGGAAKCCCCAGAGGGGGACUGGGGGGCCGAGGAGGAGGAUGGGGAAGUAUCAGAAGAAAAGGAGAUGACCCCACUCAGCCUGGACUCACAUGGCCUCAACGAGGCGCUCAGUGCCAGCCUGCCCCUUCACAGGGCCCUGYCCGAGGUGCGGCACCCGCUGUGUCUGCAGCAACGCCCUGAGGAGAGCCUGCCCACGGCCAGUGUCAUCCUCUGUUUUCAUGACGAAGCCUGGUCCACCCUCCUGAGGACCGUGCACAGCAUCCUUGACACAGCACCCAGGGCUUUCCUGAAAGAGGUCAUUCUUGUGGAUGACCUCAGUCAACAAGGACAACUCAAGUCUGCUCUCAGCGAAUAUGUGGCCAAGCUGGAGGGUGUGAAGUUGCUCAGGAGCAAUAAGAGACUGGGUGCCAUCAGGGCCCGGAUGUUGGGAGCCACCAGGGCCACAGGGGACGUGCUGGUCUUCAUGGAUGCCCACUGCGAGUGCCACCCAGGCUGGCUGGAGCCCCUGCUCAGCAGAAUAGCUGGUGACAGGAGCCGUGUGGUAUCCCCAGUCAUAGACGUGAUUGACUGGAAGACUUUCCAAUAUUAUCCGUCCAAGGAUCUUCAGCGUGGGGUCUUGGACUGGAAGCUGGAUUUCCACUGGGAGCCUUUGCCAGAGAAUGAGAGGAAGGCCCUCCGGUUCCCCACCAGCCCCAUCAGGAGUCCUGUGGUGCCUGGAGAGGUGGUGGCCAUGGACAGACAUUACUUCCAAAACACUGGAGCCUAUGAUCCUCUCAUGUCACUUCGGGGUGGUGAAAACCUUGAAAUGUCCUUCAAGGCCUGGCUCUGUGGUGGCUCUGUUGAAAUCCUUCCCUGCUCUAGAGUGGGGCACAUCUACCGAAAUCAGGAUACCCACUCCUCCUCCCUUGACCAGGAGGCCAUCCUCCGGAACAAAGUCCGCCUUGCUGAGAUCUGGCUGGGGUCAUUCAAAGAAACCUUCUACAGGCACAGCCCAGAGGCCUUUAUUUUGAGCAAGGCCGAGAAGCCAGACUGCACUGAACGCUUGCAGCUGCAAAGGAGACUAGGCUGUCGGACGUUCCAUUGGUUUCUGGCCAACAUCUACCCUGAGAUGUACCCAUCGGAACACAGGCCCAGGUUCUCUGGAAAGCUCCACAACACUGGAUUUGGCUUCUGUGCAGACUGCCAAACAGAAGGGGACAUCCUGGGCUGUCCCAUGAGGCUGGCCCCUUGCAGUGACAGCCGGCAGCAACAGCACCUGGAGCACACCAGCAGGAAAGAGAUCCGCGCUGGCAGCCCACAGCACCUAUGCCUCGAUGUCAGGCGAGAGCAGGUGAUUCUUCAGAACUGCACAGAGAAUGGCUCUGCCAUUCACCAGCAGCACUGGGACUUCCAGGAGAAUGGAAUGAUUGUCCACAUUCUUUCUGGGAAAUGCAUGGAAGCUGUGGUUCAGCAAAACAAUAAAGAUUUGUACUUGCGUCAGUGUGAUGGAAAAGUCAGCCAGCUGUGGCGAUUUGACCACAUCCACCCUGUGGAUGAACGAUGAAUGCCGGAAGGCAAGAGAACAUGGGCAAGUCACAGUUCUGCCCCAAGGAAACUAAAGGAGUAUGUUUAUAUCACAAAGCAGAUUCUUUGGUACUUGUGCUCCUGAUGCAGGAGAGAAAGAAAGUUUUGUGAAUCAAUAUCAGAAGCCCCUGUCUGUUUUUAAAGAAGAAAGAGUGGAUUCAUUGUCUUCAUCACUGGAGAUGAGCAUCAUAUAUUACAGAAGAUUCCUCCUCCUCCUCCUCCUCCUCCUCCUCCUCCUCCUCCUCCUUCUUCUUCUUCUUCUUCUUCUUCUUAGUACAUAACAAUUGCUUUUUGCUUUUAUCCCCGACUGGGAAACACCUGGGCAAUGUACAUCCGGCAGUGUUGGGCACUUCAAUCCAAUGGGUCAAUUUCUUGGUCUUCAGGUAGUAUUAACUUGGAUUAUCUGUGUGGCCAAAUAUAAAAAGUGAAAGAGCAAGAGGCUAUAAUUUUCUGACAGUCCAAAAACUUUGAUAGGUUUAUAGGCACCAAUUUCAUGUUCAUUGGUUGAGCCACAGCUCAAAGGAAGGAAAGGCACAGGGAGAAGGAGAGUAGGGUUGGAGAGAAGAUGGAAAGGAGCUUUGGCUCCACUCUCCAGGUCAAUUUAACCAACUGAAAAGAAUCAGUAUACCUGGGAUAAAACAUUUUCAUUUUAAUGGGAAUUUUCUUGAAACCUUCUAYCUCUAUUCACCUGCACUAACUCUUCUCUAGCUUGAUUCACCACCACCAGAUUAUAGUUGCAAUAGAUUUCACUUUAGUCAUUUUAUGUUAGAAGGAUCAGCACAGACUGAGCAUUCUCAUAAUAAAGGUGUUUUCGUUUGAUAAAUUUCCUUGAUGCCCUGUUAUGGGAUUUGUAUUGAUCUCACAAGAAAUAAUGAACUUUGCAAAGGGGCAAAACUCCUUGAAGGGAAAUGUGAGAGUCUGAGUCAAAAUUCUUACAAGGUGCUUACAAAAUUCUUACAAACAGUGCUGGGUGUUAAUGUCUGUGAGAUCUGACCGGGCCACCUCUGAGACCCUAGUAUUUGCUGGGACCCUUAACUGUGUUUGUGGGUUGAAUUUUCAAAAGUUUGGGGACAAUACACUUUAAUUAGAGCAGAGAUAAGGCUAACAAAGGAGAAAUAGUUUUCCUUACUGUGACCUAGUUUGGCUAUAAGAGUUGCUAAGUGGGGUUAGUUCUGCUAUUUGAGAAAGCACCAUUUAUGUGCAUUUCUCUCCCAGAUGGAGCUAGCUUUCCACAUGGUAAGCUUAGAAACCUUCCCUUAAAGAUCCUUUGGGAUGUGUCAAAUAAGAAAACCUAGGUAGGAAAUGUUUCCAAAUAAUACCUAUUAUAACUAUAUAUUCAUUCUCUGCCUGCCAAGUCAAUGGCCCACUGCAUUUCUCUAUCCUUAGAAUGCAUCUUAGACCUGUGCUAAUAUGGUAGACGCUAGCCAAAUAUGGUGCAUUUAAUGGAAAUCCAUUAAAAUUAGACAAAAUUUUUAAAAAGUUCCUUGAUGUACUGGCCACAUUUCAAGAGCUCAAGAACCACACAUGGCUAAUGGCUAUUGGAAAUCACAGAUAUAGAACAUUUCAUCAUCACAAACACUACUACUGAACAGCAUUAGACACAUCACCUUUCUAGAGAAGAGAUUUUAACCACUGUCUUCUUGCUUCAGACAUGUCUCUAUUUAAAACCAUUUCCCCUAACAUUCUAAGGCU